AUGAAACAAGCGCAACGGCUGCUACCGCGCAGAAGCGGCAGCGCUACAAUCCCAUCCCCCUUAACGCCGCACCAUACCACCACUGCCGCCGCCAGCCGCUCCGCGCCGCGGCGCACCCUGCAUCUCCUCCAGCACCACCACCUGAAGCCCUCCUCGCCCUCCUCGCCGCCCUUUAUCCGCUACGCCGACGCCGACGCCCUGCAAGAAGAGCACCGCGCGCGAUUCCUCGCCUACAAGACCUCUCCCGCCACCGCCGCGCCUCCGCCGCAGCUGCUCACCUUCCAAGCGCAGCCGACCUACACCCUCGGCCGCCGGCAGGACGCCCUCUCGCCCGCGCAAGCCGCGCGCCUCACCCAGCCGCUCACCAUCCCCAGCCAGCCCGUCGCACACUACACGCCGCAGGUGCACAAGACGAACCGCGGCGGCCUCACCACGUACCACGGCCCCGGCCAGCUCGUGCUGUGGCCGGUGCUGGACAUGCACUCGCCGCGGCACGCGCGCUUCGGCGUGGCCUCGUACGCCGCGCUGCUCGAGGCCACGACGCGCGCGCUGCUGGCCGACCUGUGGGGCAUCGCCACGUACGCCAACCCGCAGGAGCCCGGCGUGUGGGUGGCCCGCGACGGGCACGAGGAGCGCAAGAUUGCCGCGCUCGGCGUGCAUCAUCGCCGGUACGUCACGGCGCUCGGCGUCGCCCUCAACGUGGACGUGCCGACGGCCGGCGCCGACGAGAGCGUCAAUCCGUGGGCCCGCUUUGUGCCGUGCGGGCUGGCGGGCAAGAUGGUCACUUCGGUCGCGGCCGAGACGGGGAGCGCGGAGCAGGCCGCGCGGUGGGAUAUGGAGAGGUUGGCCGAGGAGUGGGCCGCGAGGUUUGAGGAGGGUUUGCUGAAGGGGAGUGUAUGA